UCGGCUGAAAAGAUUAUUAUUUGGGGGCGGGAAAGGGGGAGAUGCAGAGGUCUUUAGGACCCAGCAGGCGGCGGCAGGCGGCAGUUGUGUAGAUCACUGAGAGACUACGAGGGUCCGGUUCAGUUUUAAUUCUGUCUCUAAUCUCUGCAACAGCCGCUCUUCCUGGGUCCCGCGGCUCUCCUACCCACUCAGCCGCGGCUGGCAGCCGGGCGAAAAUCAGAGCCGCCCGCCCCCCCAUCACCCACCAUGGAAACCCUCCAAGAAAAAGUGGCUUCGGACGCGUGUGCCUGAGGAUUCCUCACAAAAGAGGUGCCCAAAAUGAAGACCCUGAUGCGCCAUGGUCUGGCUGUGUGUUUAGCGCUCACCACCAUGUGCACCAGCUUGUUGCUCGUGUACAGCAGCCUCGGCGGCCAGAAGGAGCGGCCCCCGCAGCAGCAGCAGCAGGCAGGGGCGACCGGCAGCGCGCAGCCGUCGGCGGAGAGCAGCCCCCCCUCGAGACCCCGGAUCCCCGCUGCACCGCGGCCGUUGGACGGAUACCUCGGCGUGGCGGACCACAAGCCCCUGAAAAUGCACUGCAGGGACUGUGCCCUGGUGACCAGCUCGGGGCAUCUGCUGCACAGCCGCCAAGGCCCCCAGAUAGACCAGACCGAGUGCGUCAUCCGCAUGAACGACGCCCCCACACGCGGUUACGGGCGCGACGUGGGCAACCGCACCAGCCUGAGGGUCAUCGCGCACUCCAGCAUCCAGAGGAUCCUCCGCAACCGCCACGACCUGCUCAACGUGAGCCAGGGCACCGUGUUCAUCUUCUGGGGCCCCAGCAGCUACAUGCGGCGCGACGGCAAGGGCCAGGUCUACAACAACCUGCAGCUCCUGAGCCGCGUGCUGCCGCGGCUGAAGGCCUUUAUGACCACGCGCCACAAGAUGCUGCAGUUUGAUGAGCUCUUCAAGCAGGAGACUGGCAAGGACAGGGACCCCAAUCACCCUUCAGUACCUUAUCACUAUUACGAACCUUUUGGACCUGAUGAAUGUACAAUGUACCUCUCCCACGAGCGAGGACGGAAGGGUAGUCAUCACCGCUUUAUCACAGAGAAACGCGUCUUUAAGAACUGGGCACGGACAUUCAACAUUCACUUCUUUCAACCAAACUGGAAACCAGAAUCGCUUGCUAUAAAUCAUCCUGAGAAUAAACCUGUGUUCUGAGGAAUGAGUGUGCCAGACCGAAAUCUCAAGUACAUACUGUAUCAGACACCAGGCCACUGAACUUUCUGAGCCACUAGACACAAAAGAGGGACAAAACUGUGAGCAGGAAACUCCUCCAGAAGCAACAUGUACAGAUGCCUCUGAGGCAUGACUACCAAGCAGUGCAGUUGGUUUGUAAGGAGAAAUUCCAGAAUUAAUAUGUCCUAAUGAGUAUCAUCCCUUUCAAAAGGGGUUACCUUAGGAGCUAACCACUCAUUUCAAUGAUGCUGCCAUAGCUAAAAGUCAUUCUGGAUCUCUUAAGUAUUGCCUUCAAAACUGAAACACAAGCAACUCAACAAUGUUAGUUGUAUUCCUUUAUAGAAAUACCACAUCAAAAGACAUUUUUCUAUCAAGUUGUAUCCUAACCUGAUCUAUAAUCUUUGUCAUCUGUUGGGCUCUGUGUGUGUGAUUUGUAAAAAAAAAAAAAAAAAAAAAAAGCAGCCUGAAAGUAUGGACAUGAUUUCUGAAGAGCACAUCUCCACUGACUUUCAUAAAACAAAUGCCCAAUAUUUAUUUACUGAGAGUUUUUUAGUGCACUCUAGGCCAGUAUUUUUAUAGAUUAUGAUUAUGUGGUAAUUUAUCCUUCUUGACUCUUUUAUCCUGAAUGAUGGUUGGAAAACAUCUAGAAUAGGGUUGGCGAGUGACUGUGUUCACGAUGCUCACUGUUAGCAUGCCAUUGGCUUGGAAAUGUUGCAUUGUAUUUUUUGAACCCUUAGGCUUCAAGAAUAGCCAUGACAUUUUCUAACAUAAGGAAAUGUUCUAAAUGACAAAAUUGAAAACCAAAAACUGUGUUAUCACAACAAAACAAUACUAACAAAAGAAACUUAAAGAUAGUUGUCUUUAGUAAUAGUUGAUGUAGGUUACCUGACGUAAAACCCUCGUUUUCUUGUCUGACAAUGAUGUCCCUGUACCAGACGACCGCAUACUUUUCCUUCCAAAUGUAACAUUCUGUGAGCCUCUCAUUGACUCAUUUAAGGACUUUGCACUUGGAAUGAUGGGGCUUCUGCAGUAGCAAAGGCCUGAUUAUAGGGGAUCUUUUCAUUCCCCUGCUAUCUAUGUCCCUCUGUGGUUAAAAACAUAACUUCCUUCCUGGUCCCCAUUGGCUACAAACUGCCCCCCUGCUUUUCUGGUGUUUCUUGCACCACAAAAAAAAAAAAAAAAAAAAAAAAAAGGAAUAAACUGAGAAAGACAGAGAACUGUCAUGGUCCCUGGCUCCAGGAACAAGGAACUGUCUUUGAAUCAGUGAGAAGAUAAUACAAGGAGAUUCCCUAGCAUACGACUCAUUUAUCCUGUGAACUCUUCAGAUUCACUCAUUGCAAGUCUUACAUACAUUAUAUUCACAGCCAUUCCCUGGUCUGGAGGAGUAUGAAGGACUUAUUUUAUUCAGGGCCAAGAUAUCAGUUACUAGGAAAGAUCUUCGUUUAAGCUGGUGAUAUUCUUCAAAAAUAGUCUUUUUAAAAAAUAUACCAGUGUUUUCUUUACACAUGACUUAGAAGGCAUUAGCUUUUCCGAUGUUAGAUUUGAAGGCACCAGCAAGUAUUAUAUAUGGACUGAGAGUGUUUUACAGAACAUGACCUGACCUGUGAUUAAAGAAGGUUUCUCACAUUGCCACUUCCUUUCCCUUUCCUUAAUUACUGCUAAGAUUCCAUUCCCUUGCACUAACUAGUACUAUUAAUUAUAUGGAGUGCUGUGCUUGAGAUGCAGACAUAGUCCAGAUAUUUAUACAGCAGAAACAAAGUUGGUAUUAUUGUGGUCUAGCUUGAGCUGUUAAAAGCCAGUACAAUUGAAAUGUAUGUGUUCUUUAAAUUUUCUCAUCGCUUUUAAAGAGACUGUAGAAUUUUAUUCCAGCACAGCCUUCUGCAGCAUGGACUCUAAACACACGAUACUUUGUGAACGUAUGAAAAAGAGCAUGAAUUUCAUGAUUGAUUUAUAGGCCACCUUUACCAUCGCUUGAAGACAUUAUGUUGUUCAGAUGUAAGUGGGCUCCUUUAACAAGUUUUAUUUUUAUGGAAAUUUGGAAAGGCAUACUUGGGACAUGUGAAGAUAUAGCUGUAUUACCUACUCUAAUAAUAUCUCAAAUGCCUGUGUUAUCUUUAGGUUUUAGGAUUUGUUUUUUGGGUUUUUGUUUGUUUGUUUUUUAAAGACCAUCUGAUAACUCCCAUCUUUUUUGCAACUUCUUCCUCCCAAAUACUCAAAAGAGUGAAAAGCAACCAAAUUCUGAAAUUCCUGGCUUCACUGGGGCAAUAGCUUAAAUCUAAACGUAGCUAAGAUAUGUAUGUGGACUUAUAUUUUUAAAAAUAUGGCAUAAAUAAGUACAAGAAUUAUCACA